AUGUCCACAAGACAUCUCCAUUACAAGAAAGACUGUAAUGGAGAUGUCUUGUGGACAUGGUCGUAUCCAGCUGUUACAGAAUCUCAGAAGACUGUUGUCACAAGAAAAUGCAAUUUGAAGUUGGAGCAUACAUCUCCUCAUGUAUUUGUAUGUGCGAGACAUAGACACGAUUGGUUCUAUAUAUAUUGCAGCGAAGUAUUCGAUUCUGAUAAACUACCGAAGGUAAAACAAUUUGCAUUGGUUCUUUUUGCAAAGGACUUUAAUCCACAAAAGUAUGAAGUGCUCUCAAGGGUUCUUAGCAAGAUGUAUUGCAAAACUGGAAAGCCUACAGAGAUUUUACAGUUAUAUUUAUCUGUAUUCACAAAGGGAUCAUGUUCGACGCAAGAGAACGGAACAUUUGUCUCUGAUGAUUUUAAUACUCAUCGUUUUGCAGCUAGCACCAAUGUCAAAGAGCUGAUUAAAACAUUCGAAUUAGAAACAAUUUUGAUAUAUACCGCUCUCUUAUUAAAAAAGAAGAUUAUUGUAUAUCAUCACAGCCUGGAGCAACUUCUUAAGUGGAUAAGAACAUUUCCUGCAUUAAUGAAACACAGAAAAGUUACUGACAAUCUUUUUCCCUGGAUUGAUUUGGUGAACGAUGAGUUAACUGAAUUGAAGAAAUAUUCGCACUAUGUGGCAGGCUGUAGUAAUAGUUCAAUAUCGUCAAGGAUAGACCUGUACGAUCUACUUGUAAAUAUUCCUGCUAGAGAAAUUACUGUAGCACCGCACGCCAAAGAAAGUCUUACAAUGACGAAAACCCACAAGGAAAUAGCCUUGUUCAUGGUUCAACUAUGUGAAAAUCAAAACUACACAGAAGCACAAGUUAUAUCCGAGAUAAGUGACAAAACGCAAGAUCUUCUAAAUCAAUUAACUUCAUUAGCGACAGUGCAAACUCCAGAUGGCAAAAGAAUGAUAUCCGUCGAGAUAUUUAAAGAGAAAAACUUGGCGCCGGCUGUAGAAAGUUUUCUUAUUAAUUUGGCCAUUGCCGAAAAUCUUUUUGUGUUAUAAUUUUAUGAAUCAAAGCCUCUAAACGUGUUGAACGUGGUGAAGAAUAAAGUGAGAAUAGGAGAUAAAAAUAUCUAUUUCUUGUCUCAUGUAUAAGCAUUCAUUGUUUGUUAUAUU